GUGGGUUAUUAUUUUCUUUUUGGAGGAGAUUUUUUUUUUAUAAAUCUUUCUCAGAUAAACUUCUCUCUUUUUUUUUAUGUUGUUCUUAGGAGCUUUCAGUACUAGUUAACCAUAGUUUUGCUUCAGUAGCAUUUGAGGCAAACAGGAUUUUAAAUCGGGACUCUUGCGUGAAGCUCAGGGAGGGACGGGGGGGGUUUGUGCUCCAGCUGGUGCCGGUGAAUCCGCGGUGAUUUGGAGUUCGGUGCACGGGCUGUGCUACCGACAGCUGCCCCGCCGGGGCUCGGGGGUCGUGGCUGAGCUCCCUGCGACCCCCAGGCUUGAUUUGCUGCGUGAAGGAGGAAUUAUCCCCAUGGCCCAAAGAUGUGCCCUACUUUGGAUAUUCCUGCAUUGAAUGUCUGAGGAGCUCCAGCCGAUCCUGAGCCAUGUCGCAGAUGUUGCACAUAGAGAUUCCCAACUUCGGGAACACCGUUCUGGGCUGCCUGAACGAGCAGCGGCUGCUGGGGCUGUACUGCGAUGUGUCCAUCGUGGUGAAGGGCCAGGCCUUCAAGGCUCACCGGGCAGUCCUGGCCGCCAGCAGCCUCUACUUCCGAGACUUGUUCAGUGGGAACAGCAAAAACGCCUUUGAGCUGCCGGGAACCGUCCCCCCCGCUUGCUUCCAGCAGAUCCUCUCCUUCUGCUACACCGGGAAGCUGACCAUGGCGGCGAGCGAGCAGCUGGUGGUGAUGUACACGGCGGGUUUCCUGCAGAUCCAGCACAUCGUGGAGAAAGGGACGGACUUGAUGUUCAAGGUCAGCUCUCCUCACUGUGACUCUCAGACCACCAUGAUCGAAGACCCCAGCUCGGAGCCGCAGAGUCCCUGCAACCAGCUGCAGUCGGCCUCGGCGCCCUACGUCAUGUCCCCCUCCAUGCCCAUCCCGCUCCUCACGCGCGUCAAACACGAGAACCUGGAGCUGCAGGCGGCGGCCCUGCCCGGCAAGCGGCCCCUCGAGCCCGGCGCCAGGGAGGGGACAGCUGCUGCUGGCCCCAAUGCCGCUCCCCUGAAGCUCUCCCGUGUCUCCUACUAUGGGAUGCCCAACCUGGCCACCCUCAUCCCCAACGUCCAGCAGGUCCAGUACUCACAGGGGGAGCGGACGAGCCCUGGCGCCAGCAGCAUCCCCACCACCGACAGCCCCACCUCCUACCACAACGAGGAGGACGAGGAGGAUGACGAGGCGUACGACACCAUGGUGGAGGAGCAGUACGGGCAGAUGUACAUCAAGUCCUCGGGAGGCUACUCUGUUCCUCCAGAGAAGCCAGAGCAGAUCCCACUGGAGAACCGCUCCUGUGUCCUCAUCCGACGGGAUCUCGUUGCUCUCCCAGCCAGUCUCAUCAGUCAGAUCGGAUACCGCUGCCACCCAAAACUCUACUCGGAAGGAGAUCCUGGAGAAAAACUUGAGCUUGUUGCAGGCUCAGGUGUUUACAUCACCCGCGGGCAGCUGAUGAAUUGCCACUUAUGUGCCGGUGUCAAACACAAGGUUCUCCUGAGACGUCUCCUGGCCACCUUCUUUGAUCGGAACACGCUUGCCAACAGCUGCGGGACGGGGAUCCGCUCCUCCACCAGCGAUCCCAGCAGGAAGCCCCUGGACAGCCGGGUCCUCAACGCAGUCAAACUGUAUUGUCAGAAUUUUGCCCCGAGCUUUAAGGAAAGCGAGAUGAAUGUUAUCGCAGCCGAUAUGUGCACCAACGCCCGCCGGGUCCGCAAGCGCUGGCUGCCGAAGAUUAAGUCCAUGCUACCGGAGGGGAUGGAGAUGUACCGCACGGUCAUGGGCUCCACCACAAACAGUGUCCCCCUGGAUCCCGAAUUCCAACCCAACACUGCUCAGGUCUUUGAGCAGCGCAUCUAUGCAGAAAGGAGGAGCGACUCGGGGACUAUAGUAGCCUUGAGAACUAACACGGUGAACGUGGAGCUGAGCAACGGAUCCAACCAGUCCUUCGAACAGAGCGAGGACGCCGAAGGGGCUGGCUCGGUGAUCCAGGAGCCGGCUGCCACAGAUGCGAUGGCAUCGGAUACCCAAAGCACUCCGCAACCUUUCGAACAGGGCUCGGGCUCCUCCAGCCGGCCCGAAACUCCCGUGAGAAGACAAGAUGGUACUUACGGAGGGACUUUAUAAAGAGGGUUGAACAAAUAAGGGAUCUGUAAUACUAAAGCUGCUUGCAUGCGUUACUAAUACAAAACAAAAAAUGUGAUCAAGCCACUUACCUACUGAACUGCUACUGUUGCCUGAAAAAAAUGUGAUUUUUAUUCUGCUUGUAUUUAAAAUUUAUGAAGGAAAUAAUCGCAUUCGUUAUACUGUAAACGACUAGGUCUGUGGCGACCUACUUAAAAAAACAAUAUUGGGCUCCUUUUUUGAUAUUCCCGAGGUUAGUCUAGAAGACCGUAGCUUUUUCUUUUUGUUUUUUUGGUUUUUUUUUUCCUUUUUUUCUUUUUUUUUUUUCUUAUUUUAAGAAGGGGAGGAGAAAAGCUGACCACCCCCCAGCCACCACCACCCCCUCAUCACCACCCCAUCCAUUACUCAGCUCAGAAGUAAAGCCAUCGAUAACCUUGUCCUCUAAAGCAAGUUUGACCGUCACUUACCAGGAAAGCGAGGUGUGUUCGGGUACGGGUGCUGCGACUGGCGAUGUUUGUCUCUAGCAGAGGGGCUUUGGCCAAGUGGGGCAGGGUGGGGGGAAUCGUUGGAGGUUUCUGCUGUCGGAUGGAGCCCCCGGGGGCUCGGUGCCGCUGUCUCGGGGAGUUUUACCCGGUUGCCGGGAGCAGGGAUGGUUCCGCAGACGUUCAGGCUGGCACGUGUCGGGAGGAGCGCGUGGAAUGCAGGUGGAGACCCUGGCCGGUGUUGUGGUUGUUGUCUUUUUUGUUUGUUUGUUCAUUUUGUUGCUUUUUUGUUCCCAAGACGGCUGAGCUUUGGGUUUGGUUUCUCUCUCCCUCCCUCCCUCCCCGCGACUCCUUCUUGUUUGCUUCUCCUCGCACCUUCGCGUCACCCGCUUCUUGGGCGAACGGGCUCGUGUCACCCGCUGCUCCCCAUCACCCCGGGGCAACGGGGCAAUGGGGGACCAAGGUGGGGAUGUAGCCCCCCCCAGCUGCCUGUGAAGGGCUUGGGGAGGAAUCCCAGUGCGGAAAGCGCACGGGUCUUGCUCCAGAGCCGCGAGCUCUUGGCGUCGCUCCUGCACCAUCCUCACUGGAGACAGAGCGCGGUGCAGCCGCCGGCGCAGGGCUCACCCGCCGCCCCCUCCUCUCUUCCCCGGGCUGGAUGAGCUCACACUUUGCAAUAAUUUGGAGUGCAUUGGAUGCAGAAAGGUUGAAAAAAUAAUAAUAAAUUAGCUUUGAGCCCUUCUUCUUGUGAAGAGGUGUUGGGGAGGAGGAAGCGUUUCGCCUCUUGCUCAUCCUCCAGGCAGGCCCUUCUGGGGAAAGGCCCAGUGUGAGUUAUUUGUUGGUUUCUUGUUGAAAGCCAAUGUCCCCAGGCUGUGUUGGCCUUGGUGGCACCGCUGGCCUUGGCUUGGUGGUGUGGGCACAGGGAUGGGACCCACGGGUGGCCCUGGAGCGCGGUGGGGACCCGUUCGCCCCCCGCUCGCUGCCCACGUGGCCUUGGGAACCCCCAAAGUGACCGUCCCCCCGCAGACCCGGCCCCGUGGGGCUCUGGGCACGGGGAUGGGACCCAUGGGUGGCCCUGGAGCGCGGUGGGGACCCGCUCGGCCCCCGCUCGCUGCCCACGUGUCCUUGGGAACCCCCAAAGUGACCGUCCCCCCGCAGACCCGGCCCCGCGGGGCUCUGGGUGCUGUCACCCAAGGGAUGGGGUCAGGGAUGUGAAAGCCAAGUAUGGCUUUUUAAUUAUUAUUUUGUUAAUUUUAAUUAUGAUUUGUACUGUGACUAAACGGCCUGCUUUAAUGACAUUUACAGCUUGUUCUUUAACAAGUUUGGGACUACAAACAAGUGCGAGGUGCACAAAAAGUCACUUUUGAAGGCGACUGUGGCUGCGCUCUUCUUGUCUUUCCUGCUUUGGUUCCCGAAUCCAGACGGCGCUUUGCUCAGGGUUUUCUUCCUUCUUUGUAUUUCCAUUGGGAAAGGACGAGCGGGGAGAGGAGAACCCAACUUUUUGGCCAUUUGUUUUGUUUUCUUCGAUACUUGAAGCAGUUUUUUGCAUCCUAGGAACAAAGCUGUCCGGCGUUUAGCCUGUUCUACUGCUCUUUGCCCUGAGAAAAGACUCCAUGGUGAGUGUGGCACUGGGUUCUCGGCACGGUUUGCUGUGGCUGCACCGCGGUGCGGGGGUGUGUGAUGCUCCGGGACCAGCGCGGCCGGGGCUCUAUUUGCACUUCACCCACCGCAGCAAACAAAACUCGGGCUCUUGCCAAGGCCGGUGCAGCUCGGGGCGGGGGGAACAAACCUGAGCAGGGGGACCCAAGAGCGGAGCUGGGGGGCUCCUUCCACAGCACCCCCGAGGAGAUGGAGCCGGUCAGGUCCUUGGCCCUGGGGGUGUCCAUGUCCCCCCGGGUGGCUGCUGGGGUGCAGCUCUUGGGCAGGUUGCGGGGGGUCCGGUUUGGCUGAGAGCCCCCCCGCUCCCUCAUCGCCUCCCCAAAGGUUUGGGUUUGCCAAAAGUCUCAGGCAAGGCGGGAGCGGAUCCGGGCGUCGGAGAUCGAACGCUGGCCCCCUCUCUGUGUGUCUGUGCAUAUAUAUUUAGAUAUAUAUAUCUAAGAUAUUGCAAAGGAUUCCUCCUCCUGGUUGGCCCUGGGGUUUGGGGAGCAGGGUGACCCCCGCCGGGGUUCGCAGUUGAUUGGGGGAUGAAUUCCGGACCAAACCCAGGCGGCCGGCGGGGGCCCCGGGGGCAGCAGCAGCAGUACUUGAAUGGCUUAGGACAGAGAGUCUGAAGAGAGUCAAGUUGCACAGUGAAAAUAUAUAUUUUUAUACCUAGCACAACUUCCUGUAUAUUUCUGGGGCUUUUAUUUUGUUUUCCUUUCUUUUAUUUUUAUUUUUAAUUUGGGUUUGUUUUAUUAAUUAUUAUUAUUAGAAAGGCAAACUUCUACAAUGUGAAGGGCGUUGGGUUUUUUGUUUCCUUAUCUGGUAGAUGAGGGCAAGCAUUUUGCACUAAUGUUUCCUGUGUGUGGAGGAUUAAUGAUAUGUUUGAAAAUGUUAUAUGAUAAUGAUUGUAUUCUUCCGAAAACAACAAAAAACCAAGAAAAAAAAAGUAACCCCUUUAAAAUGCUGAAUGUAGGGUGAGAACAGAGCAGUCCAUCGAUUGUAUGCGGCUUUCCUGAGUGCCUUAGAAUUUUUUGAUCAUUUUUUCCAAGGAAAACGAGACUAAGAAGAUCAGAUCAUAAGCGACUCCUUCCUCCUCUUUGUUUACGACACUAUUUUAAAUUAUAGAACUUGGGGCUGCUUUAUAAUGUGAAUAGGAAACUGCAUUCAUCUAGGUCUGGUAGUGUAAAACCGAAGCAUCAGUAUUUAUGGUAUGUCUGCACCUUUAUUCUUAUGCUUGACUAUUAGCAAUAUUACAUGUAUAUUAUAUAUCUAAAGUUAUACCAAGCACCUUUAAAGAAAACCGAGCGUAAGCGUCCGAGUUACCUGCAGCUGCCAUAUAGAGUAGGAGCCAGCCCCUCUCCUCGUUAGCGCCAAUUAACGCCGCCGUCCCCAGGGCUGCUGCUUUGCAGAAGGGCUGCAUGACCUUCUGCCUCCCCGCGGGUCCCGCGUUGGGUCCCCCCGUGUCCCACCCCCCGUGUCCCACCCCGGUGACCGUCCCGGCCGGUUUGGCCGCGGUGACACCGGCACAGGGGAUGCUCAGCGGGAGGGACGGGGCCGGUGUCACCGGGGAGCGGGUCCAUUGUGUCACCGCGAUGGUUCAAUUCUUCUAACUGUGGUUUCGCCCAACAAGUUCCCCUGGGGGCUCCUCCGGCCGCACGGGGGGUUCACCCCAACCCGGCCCCCCCAAAACUGGAAUUCCCGUGGCGUGGGGGAGCAUCACGGCCCUCAGGCCUCUGCCCCCGCGGUUUUGCCCCAAAUCGCUUGUUUUUUUGGCAAUCGCGGGUGGGGAAGGGCCGGGGGGCCCCGGGAGGACCCCCAACCGCCCCCCGGCUGGUGAAUCCCGGCGUCCAUCCCACGGGCUGCAAAGAGCUCCGAGUCCCCGGCGGGGAAGGGGCCGAGGUCCAACGCACCCGCAUUGAAACCCCCUCGACUCCCCCGACCAGUUUCUUCCACUGUUAAAGCGUUUUGCACAAAACAAAAAAAUAUAUAAAAAAUAUAAAAAAAAAGAAAAAAAAAAAUUGUGAUUUUUAUGUCAAGGUAAAAGCCAAAACUUGCAAUACUAUUUUUAGCAGACAAAAAAAUGAAAUAAAGAACAACUGAGUAUAAAUGUUAUAAAUAUUUUUGACUUGAACAUUUGGAUGGCACUUGAUUCAAAUAGAACAUUAAUCCUUUGGACGGAAUGUUUGGGGAAAAAGAAAAAGGACUUAAAGUACAAGGUUGUUUUUAAAGCGUCUUCAUAGGGUAUGAAGUAGUACUGUAAUUCAUGACUGUUAAAGACUUUCUGUGCUGUAAGGAAAUCUCGCAGUACCACUGAAUUAUGUUCCUCAGCUGGCUCAGCCACGAACGAUGCUUCUUUUUAUUUUACUUUAUUUUUUAUCCUGCAUUAUUCACUAGUAUUUAUGUGCUCUUACUCUGUAUAGUUAAGACUGUUAUUUUGUAGCCAUGGCUGACACGAUAUAUCAGUAACUAAAAAUAAAAGAGAAAAGAUUAAGACCCCCCCCCACCCCGAGUUGGAACUGUGCUCAUAGCUGUUUUCAUAUGAAGAGAAAUCCAUUUAAAAAAAUUAAGAUAAAAACCAACAAUGUGAUCAUUAAUUGUAAAACGCUUUGUAAAAUUCACAUUUACAAAAUAAUAAAGUAAAUGACAAUUAAAA